CCGGACGCGAGGCUGCUGCCCGGCGGGGGCAGUUCCGAGCCUCCCGCCUGCGCGCGCGACCUGGGGAAGCGCGGCCCUCGGGAACCGCGAGCCUGGGGAGAUCUGCCUUCUGGAGACUGCACCCAUCCUCGGGGGAGGAGCCCAGAGGAGGACAUGGCUGCGGAGCAAAGGGAAGCAGGGUCUCAGGUGUCACUGAUGUUCGAGGAUGUGGCUGUGCUCUUCAGUCGGGAUGAGUGGAGAAAGCUGGAUCCUUCUCAGAGAAACUUGUACCGAGAGGUGAUGCUGGAGAACUAUAGUCACCUGGUCUCUCUGGGACUCCCAUUGACCAAACCAAAAGUGAUCUCACUGUUGCAGCAAGGAGAAGAUCCGUGGAAGGUAGAGAGAGAAAGUCCUGGCAGACCCUCUCUAGGAUGUAAGAGCAGUCCUAAAACCACAAAAUCAACUCAAACUCAAGACUCAUUUCAAGGGUUGAUAAGGAAAAGACUAAAAAGGGAUGAACCCUGGGACUUCAUAUUAGAAAAACCCUGCAUAGAUGAAGAUAGAUUAAAGAAAUGGGACAAAGCUGAAAGUUUACAAAUAAUUUCAAUCACUCAUACAAAAAUCCUCACCAUAGGUGGAAGCCAUAAAAAUAAUGAAUUUGGCCAAAACUUCAACCUGAAAUCAGUCUUCAUUAAGCAACAGAGGUUUGCUAUAGAAAAAACACCGUCAAAAUAUGAAAUACAAAGAAAUAGCUUCAAGCAGAAUUCAAAUUUACGUAACCAACCAAAGAUCAAGGCAGCAGAGAAACACUAUAAAUGUAAUACAUGUGAAAAAGCCUUCAUUCACAAUUCAUCUCUUCGUAAACAUCAGAAAAACCACACUGGAGAGAAAUUAUUUAAAUGUAAAGAAUGUUUAAAAGCCUUCAGCCAAAGUUCUGCUCUUAUUCAACAUCAAAGAACUCAUACAGGAGAGAAACCCUAUAUAUGUAAAGAAUGUGGGAAAGCCUUCAGCCAUAGUGCAUCCCUUUGUAAGCACCUAAGGACCCAUACUGUGGAGAAAUCCUAUAGAUGUAAAGAAUGUGGUAAAUCCUUCAGCAAAAGGUCUGGCCUGUUUAUACAUCAGAAAAUCCAUGCUCAAGACAAUCCCCACAAAUAUAAUCCAGGUAGGAAACCUUCCAGUUGUAGUACUUCCCUUUCUGGAGGUCAAAGAAUUCAUUCCAGAAAGAAGUCCUACUUGUGUAACGAAUGUGGCAACGCCUUUAAGUCUAGCUCAUCCCUUCGUUAUCAUCAGCGAAUUCACACUGGAGAGAAACCUUUUAAAUGUAGUGAAUGUGGGAGAGCCUUCAGUCAGAGUGCAUCUCUUAUUCAACAUGAAAGAAUUCACACUGGAGAAAAGCCCUACAGAUGUAAUCAGUGCGGAAAAGGCUUCACCUCUAUUUCACGACUUAAUAGACACCUAAUAAUUCAUACUGGAGAGAAAUUGUAUAAUUGUAAUGAAUGUGGUAAAGCCUUAAGUUCCCACUCAACACUUAUUAUACAUGAGAGAAUUCACACUGGAGAGAAACCGUGUAAAUGCAAAGUGUGUGGGAAAGCCUUCAGACAGAGUUCAGCUCUCAUUCAACAUCAGAGAAUGCAUACUGGAGAAAGACCCUAUAAAUGUAGUGAGUGUGGGAAGACAUUCAGGUGUAAUUCAUCCCUUAGUAAUCAUCAGAGAAUUCAUACUGGAGAGAAACCAUAUCGAUCUUCUAGAGACGUGGCUGAAUUCCCCGAACAACUAUGCGCGGAACAGCCCAUGUCGUGGGCUCCCUGUGUUCUUGGCUUUACUGUAAAAAUGAAUAACUUCCAAGAGGAAACUCAGUUCACCCGGCUGGGGCACCUGGUGAGGAUGCUGGCCGUGCGCUGCCAGGACCCAGUGGACAGCGUCCGCUCCUUGUCUGCCGAGCCCGUCUACAGCCUCUCCUACUCUGGGGCUGUGGGCAGGCAUUUGCUGCAGCGGCCUUGGCACCAGCUUCUGCGAUGUAUUCUGUGGCCCCUGCUGAUCUGGCCUCUGGAGCCCCAGAACUGUGCCUUGGUUGAGGAAAUUGUGGAGGGCGUCCUUGAACAGCUCAACUCGAAUCUGGAGCCCAGCACAGAGGAGGAGGCCCUGCAGGCCAUGUGCUCUCUGGCUGGCAGCAAUACCUGCACUGUGGUCCCCGUGCUGCCCAGCAAGCCCCCGGCCUGGGACAGCUGUACCCUGGAGGUAGUGAAGUUCGUGCUACUGGCAGCUGCCUACAAGGGUGUGGUGUCCUACACAAAUGAUCACGACUGCUGGGACCUUCUUUUCUAG